AUGUCCUUCUCGCUCGCCAUCACCCACAACUGCUGCAUCGGCGCACUCUACGGCUACUCAGCCGGCGCCCCAGAAAACAGCAUCUUUGCGCGGCUUCUCCUGCUGCUGGACGUGGCGCGUCUCACGACGCAGUGCGAGCGUGAAUACGGCGUGGUCAGCGUGGACCAGCAGAACCAGCGGGUGGCGCUCGAGUUUCUGGUGCAUCUGGUUGGCACGGGCGCCGUGACCUUGACGGAGAUGGGCGGCGCCGACCUGCACCACCGGAUGCACCGGCACAUGCAGGCACUGGGGCGGCGGCUGCGGGCGGUCGGGUACCGCUUUGAGGCGCUGGGCGGGGAUGUGGCGUAUCUGCGAGCGGUGUGGACAGAGGACAACAUUUUUGCAGGGGCUCAGAGACACGCCCUGUUCCACUGGCAAGCGCCGGCGGAGGUGCACGGCUGCCCGUUGGCGCAAACUGCCAUUGCCAACGGCAUGUCCAUUUUUCAAUACAUUGCCAGUCUGCAGGCGGCGCAUGGUGUGGACGACCAGGAUCUUCACAGUGCUGCCUUUCUCCGCCAGCUUUGGACAGACAUUGUAAGAGUGUAUGCGCCGCUGGUCGGUGUGGCCGUGGACAACAUGGCAGGCGAGUGGCCCCGUACGAUGACAGACUUGUUGCUGCAAUACUUUGAGUUGGCCAAGCGGCCGGGAGUCGUAGCGGCUCUGACCGAGGCUGUGAUAAAGGACGUCGUUCUAUCCGCGGCCGCGGGUAAAGUGAACCGGUGA